CAGUCAAAAAAUAUCGUGUGGUCAUUGGUGUUUUGGAUUGUCAGUCAACAUCAGUCUGUUUUGCGAUUGGCAGUCGACAUAAUUUGGCUACCUCAGCUGGUCCGACUCAGAAGCGCCUUGGUUGACAUUGUUGUUGUUAGUAAGAAACUACUUUGUCGUUGAGUCUUGUUUUGGAUUAAUUGUAGACUGCAACCUCCGUAUUAGCUCAAAGUCAGGAAAAACUGGUCUAAUAAACUUGGUUUUCACAAUAUUUGUCGAGAGGAGGACCAUUAUGGGACGAUGAAAGAAAUAUCUGCGAAGCCGCUCAAGGUUUGGCUGGACGUGUAAGGCAAGUUGAAGAGCCCCUCUCCCCCUUCCCCUUGGUCCAGUGGUCUUGUUGGGGAGGGCGGAUCCCCUGUGUUUUUCUGCCCUGAUGCCCCCCGCCGCCCUGUAAAUUCAUGAUCACAUGACCUUGGAUAUGGACGCAGUCCUGUCCGACUUUGUCCGUUCCACUGGAGCCGAACCAGGACUAGCCAGAGACCUGCUAGAGGGGAAGAACUGGGAUCUCACCGCCGCCCUCAGUGACUUUGAACAGCUGCGACAGGUGCAUGCUGGGAACCUGUCGUACUCUUUUGCUGAGGAGAGGACGUACCCAGCCCCGGAGAAGGAGAUGGCCAGGGUGGGGCGGCCCCUUCUGCACCGUCAAGAGGAGGUGCUGCAAGGUGAGAACGGUGCCACAGAGAAGCGUCUAUCGAGAGGCAUCUCCCAUGCCAGCUCUACCAUCGUGUCCCUGGCACGGUCACACGUCUCCAGUACUGGCAACUGUAGUAGUGAGCCCCUUCUGGACACGCCUCUGUGCACAUUCCAGCUGCCCGACCUCACUGUGUACCGGGACGACUUCCGCGGCUUCAUCGAGAGGGACCUCAUUGAGCAAUCUAUGAUGGUGGCCCUAGAGCACGCCGGCCGACUCAAUUGGUGGACACGGGUGGGACCUAACUGUCAGAGUCUAUUGCCAUUGGCAACGAGUGGGGACGGAAACUGCCUGUUGCAUGCAGCGUCAUUGGGUAUGUGGGGCUUUCAUGACCGCGACCUGAUGCUGCGGAAGUCUCUAUAUGCACUGAUGGACCACGGCCAGGAGAGGGAGUCGCUGAGACGCAGGUGGAGGUGGCAGCAGACCAUGCAGAAUAAAGAGUCUGGUCUGGUGUACACAGAGGAGGAGUGGCAGAAGGAGUGGAAUGAGCUGCUAAAACUGGCCUCCAGUGAACCUAGGAUACACUAUGGCAGCAAUGGGACGGAGUCAUCAGAGGAGCCUGUGUACGAGAGUCUGGAGGAGUUCCAUGUGUUCGUCCUGGCCCAUGUCCUGAGGAGGCCCAUAGUAGUGGUGGCAGACACCAUGCUCAGGGACUCUGGAGGAGAGGCUUUUGCCCCCAUCCCAUUCGGAGGGAUCUAUCUGCCCCUGGAGGUGCCAGCUGCCAAGUGCCAUCGUUCGCCCUUAGUACUGGCGUACGACCAGGCCCACUUCUCUGCCCUCGUCUCCAUGGAGCAGAAGGGCGGAUCCAAAGAGCAAGUUGUGAUCCCUCUCACUGACUCAGAACACAAAAUGCUGCCUGUACACUUUGCAGUGGACCCUGGGAAGGACUGGGAAUGGGGCAAGGAUGACACAGACAAUGUCAUGUUGGCAAGUGUGACCCUGUCCCUGGAGGCAAAGCUCCAGCUGCUACACAGCUACAUGACAGUCACCUGGCUGCCCCUGCCCUGUGAGCAGGCACCUUUGGCCCAGCCCGAAUCCCCCACCGCCUCUGCAGGAGAGGACACCCGCACCCCUCCCGACUCAGGAGAAUCCGACAAGGAGUCUGUCAGCAGCAGCUCCAACGGCAACGGUGAUGCAAUGACGACAGCAGGGGCGGCCAGCGCAGGUGGAGGUGUGUCGACCAAGAACAGCUCCUCCUCCUCCAGCUCGUCCAGUAACAGCUCGGCAACGUUGACGACUGGUACGGGGGCAAAGGAGAAGACCAAGAAGGAGAAAGACAAAGACAAGAAGAGGGCUGACUCUGUGGCCAACAAGCUGGGCAGCUUCGGCAAGAGCCUGGGCAGCAAGCUGAAAAAGAAUGUGGGCGGGCUGAUGACGGGGAAGAAUGCAGGAGGAGGCGGAGCCAAGCAGGAGGGCACAGAGAAGAAGAAAAAUUCGCUGAGGGGGCGGAAAGACAGCAAGGACAGCUCGCCUUCGGCCCACGCCUCCGAGGACUCUGGGAAGGGCUCACCGUCGUCGGGCAGCGAGCGUCAGAAUGGCACGGGUGGCGGAAGCAGAGAGUGUGACCCAUAUAAGUACAGUGCCGACGUGAAGGCGAGCCUGGGCAUCCUGCGGGCGGCCAUGCAGGGCGAGAGGAAGUUCAUCUUUGCUGGCCUGCUCACCACCAGCAACCGCCAGCCCUUCCAGGAGGAGAUGAUCCAGCGCUACCUGUCUGACGCUGAGGAGCGCUUCCGGGUAGAGCAGGAUCAGCAGCGGAGAGAGGCAGAGCGGAAAGGAAGCACCAACGGCAUCCAGCAGCCCAAGAAGGAGGUAACGAUGGGUACAGAGGUGGGCUACCGCACUUAUGAACCGAAAGAAGAGCCGGCUGAGAGCUCACUGCCCACAUUCAACCACCUCAAGUCGUCUUCGUUCAGCCCCUCACUCUACUCUGGUGUGGUGCCCAUCCCACGGCCAACCUUCAUGGAUCAGUCGCCCUCCCCGGCCCCCGUCCCUCUUACUCAGCACCCACACAUGCAUGGCUACAUGGAGACGCGGCGCCAGCUUGCAGGUGGCUCCCCAGCCUCGUCUUAUCCCGGUCUGCCUUCCUACGCCACCCUCCCCCGCCACUGCCCCAUGGCGCAGGGCCCCCCUCACCCCCAGUACCACCCCCCACAGGCACCGGUACCCCUCAGCCCCUUUCGCCUCAUCCCCUCUUCUUUUGCACCCUCGUACCUCCCCGAGCACAACCCUCCAGACUACCCCACCUCAGACCCUGUAGGCGGGGGCUACACUAACGGAUUCCGAGAAGUGCGCUCCGGCCUGGAUGUUCCUCGCAGCGGGCCUCUCCCAGUCAGGCACUACUCCCUGGGCAGCGCAGGAGGCCUGUCCAGCCUCCAGUCCAGCCGCUGCCGGACGCCUAGCUGCAACUACUACGGACACCCUGAGACGGGCAACUACUGCUCUUGCUGCUACCGAGAGGAGCUGAAGAGGAGGGAAACGGAGCCGGCCAUCCACAGGUUCUGAACGAACGGACAGACUGACCAGAACUGGCUUUGUGGCCACCAACCACAAGGGAACUGAUGGAUGAGGUUUCCUGCUAUAGGACGAUACAGAGCCUGGCCCUCUCAUCGCAUCACUUCCUUCUCUAAAGGCAACACUGUGUGUGGAGAACGUCCUGGACAGGAUCGGUACAGUGACUGGAGAGAAUGUGGCUGGCGGCUGCUGCGGCGGGCGUUAGACAAUAGGACUGUGCACUUCUCUUACAUUUGCUGUGGCUCUUAUGCAGGCUGUGUGUGUGUGUGUGAGUGAGUGAGAACUUCAGGCUCUCCUCCGCUUUGUCCCCUUGUCACCUCGCAACUGUCUCCUCCUGGUGGAGAGAAUGUAUACGGCAGGCGAUACACGCACUCUUACAUCCACAUUACACACACACACACACACAAACUAACACUGCACAAGCACAACCUGAAACUUCUUGAUUAUCACCCCUCUAUAUGUGGAGACGACCUAUAUUUGGCCCUGUAAAUUGAUGGUAUUUUAACAUACGAAUCAGCCCUUCGAUGUCUUGUUAGUCUUUUCAACCAGAGGGUUAGAGAUGUAUGCAGACGGACUAGCCUAGGGCAUUACUGAUACCGGGUGCUCAUGUAUGACUUGGAAAUGAACGGAGCUCUUUCCUGAUGAGUAGUUGGGUUUCUUUUCUCUUGUAAUGCAAAUUGAAACUACAGUAUUAUGUUACAGUGGUUGCUGUUCUGUGGGCUGCAUUGGUGCUGCUAACGUUCCAGAAUGCAACAGACCCCCUCUAUACAAGUUCAUCUCAAAUAUAAACAGGCAAACAGAUAGCCCUAUCCACCCUUAAGAUGCCUUUUAUGGCCAAGGAACCAUCCAAUCUAAAUUCACCAUUGUGUCCAAAUUGUGUCCAUUUUUAGAUGUCUCCCAGUAUCAAUUAUAGAACAAACAUGGCAGAGUACUGUGGUAGAUAUUCCGAAUGACUAUAAUAGUAUUUAAUAAGAUUGCUAGAAUCUUACUGUUCCUGACUUGUUUUCGUCAUUUUAUAUCCAUGAAAAUGAGGCAUUUCAAUAAUAUGCUGGUACAUUUAGGGUCAUCCAACACUACUAAACCAGCAUUCAAAACACAAACUCCCCUUGCAAUUUCAGCUCGACCUCAAGGUAAUCAGUAUAUGCUAAACUGGUAAACGUUCACAUUUUGGUUGAAAAAGACACUGUCCAUUGUAACAUUGUCCACUUACAUUGUAACUGUCAAUUAGUCUCUGCUUCUCUUGUGGCUGAGAAAGGUAACAGGUAUUUUCUGGAAUCUCGUCCAUAGGGCUGUGUUACUUUGGUCUAAAUAUUCAUGUAACUUUUCGUGAAAACCUACUUAUGGAAAACCCCAAAUUCCUGACAUGGACACCCCAUUGAUACGAUUCAAAACAAGUUGGAUUGUUUAACCCAACUCCCCUUCAAGUCCUAUUGAGGGCAUUGUGUUGAUUCCAAACAAGUGACUGACCCCUGUCGCUUAACCUCUUUCUGCACAAAUUCAAGCACUUUCCUAAUGUCUGUAGACAUUUUGUUACCGUUUUGAAGGUAUCUGACUGUUAUGUUGUCCUUAGGUCAUGUCAGAACUGUAGACACUGCCACCUCUACUUGCGGGAGGGCAGAUGCAUGGGCUAGAACCCCUUCUCUAAGGAUUCAGUUACCAUGGGUACAGCUUUUUGGUGCCAGUGUUGUGGUUUAACUCUAUUUCCUUGUUGCCUUUUUCAGUCUCUUGUCCUUGUGGCAUUACAGUCUUGUUUGUAUGUUUUACAAAAUGUGCAUCAGGUGUACACUAUUUGUUUUUGCUGCAGUUUCUCUUCUGGAAUUUUUGUACCCUACUCGGUGUAAAGCCCCUGUUUUUAAUUUUUUUCAUUUUGCAUCCAGACAUGGAGUCAUUGUUCGUAGUUCAUAAAGCGAUUUAGAGAUCAAAUGUAAAAAAAUAUAUAUAUAAAUAAUUCUGGAGAUUAGAACAUAUCACAUUUUUUAGAUACCGUUUUGGUCUCAUGUUACUCUCAAUGAUUUGCAGAUUAGGAAUUGAUUGUUUUUCUCAUCACCAAUGUAUUAACACUUUCUCACCCAAGCUGUGUUAUUACCAAUGAUCCAUGUAGACUCAUGAGGAAGACCAAUCUUCCUGACUUGAUAAACAGCCGUUCAGUCUUUUCACUUGAAGCACAAUGGUGUGAGAAUAUCUGUAUGCAAUUCACUGCCUUGCACAAUGGAUGGCGCUCUUGUAUUUGUGUUCACUGUUCCUGGAAGUUUCCAUGCCCUACUUAACCAAAAAUACAAAAGAGAACAAUUUUUAAGGGUACUAAGAUUUGAGUUAAUUUCCAAAAAUACAAUUUGCCAAGGGUAUGAGGGACUUUAAGUAAUGUUUGUCUUUUGAGAGGUAGUUCAAACAUGCGGCUCAAAAUAGUCAUCCUUCAAGGGAUGCUCCAUGACUUGAGAUAGCAUGUUCUUCUUGAAUUGGAACUAACCAUUCCCCACAAUACCAUUAUGCUAUAUCCAAAACAAUAUUUCUGUGUGUGUGUGCUUACGCUGUAUGAAACCUUUUUGCAAAAAAAAAAUUGCAGCUCAUAAGGCACGAACGAGGUCAUCUUUAAUGGAAUGAUGGAUAAUUAAGAAAUGGGUGUGUGUGUGUGUGCUUUCUCCUCUCAAUGUAAUAAUAUUAGCUUACAUCAUCAACUCAAUUUUUUUUAAAGAAUUGGAUGGCUUACAGACAACAUCUUGAACAUUUCACUUAUAGACUGCAAACAUGUUUGUAUAAAAAAACAAAACAAAUGACAGCGAGGUUGUAUAUGUUGGAAGUUAUUUUUGUAAACCCAAAGUUUUACAAUGUUUUUAAGGAUAAUCUAUAUUGACGGAUGCUAAAAUGAGUGGAAUAUAAGCUUGUAAUAGCCUGGGUUUAUGGAGGAGUCAGUAUUCACCAGAAUGGACAGUUUAGCUGCCAGGGUUGAUCACAAAAGAGCCUCCUAAACUCAAAGGUUUCUCAUUAGCAAACUAGUUUCCUCAUUGCUGACCUGACGAUAUGAUUUGAGAAUAUAUAUUUAUAGUAAGAUUGUUUUGUUUCAGAAGUUUCCUUUUGGAAUGUUUAGUUGAGGAACUUGUGUCAAGCAGACUGGCUUUUAUUUGUUUGUUUUUUAUUUGAAUUUUACGUGUAUUUUUUUUCCACCACCAAUCCAUGCAAUGCUAACACAUUACGGUAAUGAUUCAAUACUUGAUUGUUGGUGUUUUCAACCAAUGCUCUUGCUGCAAUCCCUCUCUAGGAAUUAGAUGGCUUUGCAUUUGUUUUACAAAGUAACUGACCCAUUAUUUUUAUAUUGUACAUUUUGUACAUUUUCUCUAAUUUCUAUGGGACAAAAUAGUCAUCAGCAACAUGAACAUGGGAUACUGUAGUUGCAUGGGACUGGAACUGUUGCAUGUCAAUUACUAUCCAUUUAACCAAAUUUGUGCAUUAUUUUGAGCUGAUUUGGGCUGUCCUGGUUUUUUUAUGUUAUUUUCUCUUUUCGUGUUUGGAGAGGAGAGGCUGUGACAGUGCAAUCUGGAUGGAAAGAACAUCUGAUUUAUUUUUAUUUUUUUUGCACUGUUUGAAUAAACUCUCAUUUGUAUUUCAACAA